AUGUCCGGCGUCCUCCUCCCCCUCCGCGCCCGCCAUGCCCUCAUCACCGGCGCAUACGGCGGCAUCGGCGCCGCGAUCGCCGCCCGCUUCGCCGCCGAGGGCGCCCUUGUGACCCUGCUCGGCCGCAAGGAAGACAAGCUGCGCGAGCUCUGCUCCCAGCUCCCACCCUUCCGGGACACCCGACUCGCCCCCUUCACCGCCGCACCCAACACCAACACCCGUCCAUCUCUGGAUGAGAAGCCCCCGGCGCACUCGUACGCCGUCAUGGAUGUAUCCGCCCAAGGCCGCGAUGAAGCCGUACUGGACGACAUCUGGAAACGGACGGGCCAGAUAGACGUCCUUGUCAACGCCGCGGGUAUUGCGCAAUUCCAGCUGUUACAGAAUACCUCACCCCAAGCCGCCAGCGAGCUACUCGACACCAACCUCAUGGGAACCAUCUUCAUGUCGAGGUACGUGGCCCAACGCAUGAAGCGCAGGCGCGCAGACAGGGAUGCAUGCAUUAUCAACGUUGCGAGCUUGCUCGCCGAAAAGGGCAGCCCCGGCACCAGCGUGUACGCAGCGUCGAAAGCUGGCAUUAUUGGUCUCACCCACGCUCUCUCCGUUGAGCUGGGGCCACUGCGAAUCAGGACCAACGCCAUAGUUCCCGGCUACAUAGAAACCAAUAUGCUUGCCUGUAAGAAACAUAUCCUCGCCCUAUUUCUUAUCCGCAAGCUAGGCUUCCGAAACCCCACAAUGUCGAGAGAACCCCUCGAAAAGCGAAUCCCACUUGGGCGGCUGGGUAGACCUGAUGAGGUAGCAGACGCCGCCGUCUUCCUGGCCCAAAACACCUACGCCAAUAACUGCGUCCUCAACCUGGAUGGUGGGCUAAGUGCAGUCUGA